UAUGAUUUUGUCUUGUUUCGCCUGAAGCUCAUAAAUUGCUUGCUCGUGGGUCUCGAUCGACGAACGAACCGAUUUCAGGCUUAGGUCGUAAUACACAAUCUAUAAAGAAACUAACUCCACAAAAGCCAUAUCUAUCGAUCUUAGAUUCUUCAGGUUUCGCUUCGGAGGAGAUGAUGAAGACGGAGGUAUUUCUGCUACUCUUGCUUGCCUUUGGAACGACACUCUCAGUCGCAGAGUUCCAAUCUUCUACUCCACAACUUCACGCGGCCGAAUUCUUCAAUGUUAGCUAUAUCCAGAUGAAAAACGUUGGCAGCUGUCCUUACACGGUGAUUAUAUCUACGAGUUGUUCGUCUCCUGUAUAUACAAGGGAUCAGAUCAGUAUUUCUUUUGGAGAUGCUUAUGGCAAUCAGAUAUAUGUACCAAGACUGGAUGAUCCAUCUUCAAAAGCAUUUGAGCGGUGUUCUUCAGAUACAUUUCAGAUAAACGGUCCAUGCGCAUAUCAGAUCUGCUACGUGUACCUAUGCAGAACUGGACCCGAUGGCUGGAAGCCACGAAGUGUGCAAAUUUACGGUCAUAACACAAGGGCUGUUACAUUUAACUACAACACAUUCAUUCCACCAGAUACGUGGUACGGGUUUAAUUUGUGCAAUGCUGCUUCAUCUUCACGCCGACUAUCUAGCGAGAAAUGGUUUUUAUGUGUUGUUCUAGGGUUUGUUUUGAGUUUUUGGAUGUAGAUAUUUGAUAUAUGUUCUUUAAAUUCCUGUUCUCUGUAACUGGGAAGCUUAAUAUAUGCUACAAAAGAAAACGGAACAAGAUAUGUAUGAAAACCCAUGGUCUGAUUCAGUGUAGCAUUGGCUUGCUUGUUUUGUCU